GCCUGUUUGUGUCCCCAGAGGUGAUAAGACGGUUUAGUAUUAACAUUCCUCUGUAUUGCUUAAAGCCUGUUAAAGUCAGAAAAAGCAGAACUGCGAAAUAGAGUCAGUCUCCAGAAGUUUUGAGACAGACUGACUGACGACUGUUCCCCCUGUCUUCAUCUCCCAAAGGAGGAAAUUUUCUUUCACUGCUAGUGGCUGUCUAGCUGAGUAUAUAUCUCUGAACAUGAAGGCAUUUGAAAUUUUCAUUCUGGCAGAAAUUGUGGCCUCCUUUCGUGCUUUUUCAAGACCUGCUCCAGUCCAUUGCACCUGGAAUCCAUAUGGUCCUUGGUCAGAAUGUGAUGGCUGUAGUAAGACCCAGAUUCACAGACGAACAGUAGCAGUAUAUGGGCAGUUCGGAGGACACCCGUGUUCUGGGAAUUCAUUUGAAUCCCGUGCAUGUAUUCCUACAAGAGGGUGUCCAACAGAGGACGGCUGCGGAGAUCGUUUUAGAUGUUCUUCAGGGCAGUGCAUAAGCAGAUCACUGGUGUGCAAUGGAGAUCACGACUGCGAAGAAGAUAGUUCGGAUGAAGACGGAUGUGAGGCAAUCAAGGUGGUAUGUGACACUGAUAAGCCACCACCUAAUGUAGAACUGACAGGCACGGGCUUUGAUGCCCUUACAGGAGAGGCCAAAGGAAGAGUCAUCUAUACAAAAAGUUUUGGUGGCCAGUGCAGAAAGGUAUUUAGUGGUGACCAGAGAGAAUAUUAUCGCCUGAGUGAUGCUGUUCUUGCUUACACAUUCCAGGUGAAGAUUCAGAAUGAUUUCAGCACUGAGUUUUAUAACAGCAGCUGGUCUUAUAGGAAAGUCACAGAGAAUCGUGUAACUUCAAGUUCAGGCCAUAGCUUUAGCGACAGCACGGAUUCUUCAGGCAGUUCACAGAGUAACCAUCUGAUGGUUAUUGAAAACUUCGUAGAAGUUGCUCAGUUCAUCAAUAAUCGGCCAGAAUUUCUAACUCUCGCUGAGCCUUUCUGGAAAGAGCUUGCCAACGUUCCUGCCUUCUAUGAAUACAGUGCAUACCGCAGAUUAAUCGACCGUUUUGGAACACAUUUCUUUCACUCUGGCUCUUUAGGAGGACAUUAUAAAGUUUUGUUUCACGUGGGUACAGAAAACUUGAAAUCACAAGCGGUGAGCACGAACGACAUGCGUGAAUGUACCACCUCAGGCUGGAAUUUCUUUUUUGUAAAGAAGAGUAAAACAGAAUGCACCAAACUGGAUUCACUGUUACAGCAAUCAUCAGGUAGCAGCAGCAAUCGAAUUAAAGCAAAUCUCUUUGUGGAGGGAGGAAGUCCAGGAACUGUAGCUGGCCUGAGCUACUUGGACCUCAAUGAUCCUGCUGCAAACUCUCAACGGUAUUCCUUAUGGGCCAGAUCGGUGUCCACUUAUCCCAAAGUCAUUAAGCAAAAGAUAACUCCACUGUAUGAAUUGGUAAAGGAAGUCCCUUGUGCCUCAGUCAAACGACACCACCUGAAACAAGCCAUUGAAGAGUACAUGUCUGAAAAUGAUCCCUGCAGAUGCCGGCCAUGUCAAAAUGGUGGCCAACCAGCCAUUAUAGAGACCCAGUGCUUAUGUUUCUGCAAACCAUAUACUUUUGGAGUAUCUUGUGAACUGGGAACCCUUGUCCAAGACCAGCCUGGAGUCAUUGAUGGAGGCUGGAGCUGCUGGUCUUCUUGGACCUCCUGUACGGGAGGAAAGAAAUCAAGACGCAGAAGCUGUAAUAAUCCCUCUCCCAGUGGUGGUGGAAAGUCUUGCAUUGGAGAAGCAACUGAAACCCGUCAGUGUGAAGAUGAGGAUCUGCAACAUUUUCGUUCUAUAGAGCCCCACUGUUUUGAUAUGUCUGCAUUUGGUACAGAAUCCUGCCCGCCACCGCCUACCCUGGAAAAUGGAUAUGUUCAAGAUGCAGAUUCAUCUUAUCCUGUGGGUAAAAGCAUCAUCUACACAUGCAAUGACGGAUACGCUCUUGUCGGGAAUUCUGUUGCUACAUGUGCUGAAGGCCUCAAAUGGAUCAUUGGACAACUGGAAUGCCAGAAAAUAGCUUGCAUAUUACCUGAAUUGGAAGGAGGAUUGAGGAGAGACCCGAUAAAACGUUUGUAUGAAAUUGGUGAGAAAGUGAAACUAUCAUGCCCGGAUGACAUGCAGCUGGAGGGGGCAAGUCUUCUCUUGUGCCAGUCUAGUCUGAAGUGGUCUCCUGACAUUGACAAUAUCCUGUGCAGGAGAAGAGUGCCCAGUGUGGAUACAGAACCAGCACAGCCUGAAUGCCAACCCUGGGAGAAAGUUCAGCAGACGAGAUGCGUGUGUAAGAUCCCCAAUGAGUGUGGGUCUUCCCUGGAUAUCUGUGCCAGAGAUGCCAGAACCAACCGAGCUAUUUUGCUAACUGUUUGUAAGCUACAUGCUCUGGAGUGCAUGGGCAGGGAGUAUACUUUGGUCAGUAAGGAAAACUGCAGAACGCCUGCUGCGGCUGAGAGACCGUGUGGCUCAUGCCACUUGUGGGAGACGUGUGAUGAUUCCACCAACAAAUGCACAUGCAGACAAGAUGAACCCUGCAGCAGCGCUGGAAUAAGCAUUUGUGUGCAACUGGAUGGCAGCAAUGACCAGCAGACAAUGACUGAAUGCAAGGCCGGCCUCCUCAGAUGUCAGGGGAGUCACUUUACUGUUGCCGGCAUAAGACCCUGCAGUGCACAGAGUUCCCAACAGAUGCUUUUUGAUGCCCCUCAGAUAACCAAGCAGCUUGCUGUGCAGUGAAGAGGGCUGGCAAGGGUGGGUGGGUAGGCGGAAAUUAUUAUUGAACUGAACAAAAUGCCAAUCACAGGUCGAUUCCGCACAGGCCAAAUAUCCUGGGUUGAGCAAGAAAAAUAUCCCGGUUUGACCAAGAAGUUUGCAUGGUUCUUGAUCCUAAAGCGGGUUUGUCCCAUGAUAUUUUCCUCAUCCCGGGUUUUUCAAAAACCGCUAGAAUGUCGAUCUUUUUCCAGAAUCCCGCUUGAAUGGCUUCCGUGUGAUGGCCACGAGAGCAAAACUGAUUUAUUUUUCCCACCCCGCCUCCUGAUCUCCCCACCUUACAUCAUGUCAGUUUCCUCUCUGCUGAGUUGCAGUCUGCCCUUUCCAAAACAUUCCCCGAGCAAGUUUUCUGCCCUUCGACAACUCUUCCAGGAGCCAGGCAAGCGAGCCCAUGCAGGGAAGCACGAAAGGAUAAUCUGGUGAAAUCAAAACCUGGAGGAAGGAAAUUUCCUAUCAGGAAAUUUGCUUGCCAAUAUAUAUUGCUAAGAACAUAAGAACGAGCCUGCUGGAUCAGACCAGAGUCCAUCUAGUCCAGCACUCUGCUACUCGCAGUGGCCCACCAGGUGCCUUUGGGAGCUCACAUGCAGGAUGUGAAAGCAAUGGCCUUCUGCUGCUGCUGCUCCCGAGCACCUGGUCUGCUAAGGCAUUUGCAAUCUCAGAUCAAGGAGGAUCAAGAUUGGUAGCCAUAGUCUUCAGGCCAGCAUGUAUGUCUUCAAAACUGUUGACCACAUUUUGGUCUUCCCAGUUCUCUGCACAACCAUGGAUAGGUUUUUUUUUCAGUUUUACAAUAGUUUCCAACCUUUUUCUCUCUUAAGAAUUGAUCUUACCAAAGCGAAGCACUUCUGAGUCAUGUUGUUUUUAGUGCGAGACCCAGGAAUAUGCUUAAAUGCCUUCCAUUGAAAUGUAAUAGGACUUACAUUGGCUAGUGGGGACUAUUAUUCAUGAAUUGCUUUCAGAAUGGGAGUUCAGCGGCCAGAAGCUUGCAAAUGAAUAGACAAUAUGACUCCCAUAUAGGACAAUAAAGGGAAACUAGAAAAAUGGGACCGCAAGACUUUCAGAUCUGCAGUUACCUGUAACAUAAGCUGACGGGAUGUAUUGUGUUUGCCUCCUUUCAGCCCUCAGUCCUAUCGCAGAAAUAUGUACCGUGUCUCAAUAAAUAACUUUUUAAAAUAACAGUGUAACUCCUGUGCAUAAACCUACUUAGAUAAAUGUUCAUGCAUGUUUCACAGUGAUCUCCAUAUGUUUUUAAAACACAAAAUUCAGUAUAAAUAAUAUGUUGGUUAGUGUGUAACAAAACUGAGGAAUAUUUGAUUUUGACCCUGCUUCUCCUCCAACAAAAUCUUUUAUGGUUCUGCCUUCCCUUUUUACCUCACUGAGCUGGGAGAGGAGGAAACAGAGAGGCCCACACCUGCCUAGUUCAAAUUUCAUUAUUCCUGCAUUCCUUGCCAAUAUGAGAUGAGCCUCUUCAGCAGGCAUGCAUGCCAUGGUUCUGAUCCAAUACUCUUGAUACAUAGGCAAGGACGGAGCAAGGGGGAAGUGUGCCUGGUGCACAUGCGCCCCAUGCCCCUCCAAGCCCCCGUCCACCUCUGCAACACCCCACUCCAAGAACGCCCCCGUCACACCUAAGAACAUAAGAACAAACCUGCUGGAUCAGACCAGAGUCCGCAGGGGGGUGCACCUGGUGUGUCAUGCCCCCCUGUCUCCUUGAUGUUACACCAUUUUACAUAGGGAGACCUUAUUAUGCAUGAAUCAAUAAUUUGAUUCUAUGGCAGUGUAGAGAUUUGUACCCAAGUUUCAGAGGGUGCUGAUCUCAGCUGCUAUCUACUUACUACAACACAGUGGCUCAGGGUUGUUGGAGCACUUUUAGAAAGAUCCCAUAUUUCAAUAAUUGUUGUAAAUAUGUUAAAAAAGGUUAACAUUAAUUAAUGUUUAUUCUGAAGAGAUGUUACUGAAAUGUA